AUGCACCCGCGGAAGAGUACCCGCGAGCCGUGCCAGCGGUGUCUCAGCGUUCGACAUUUCCGUAAGGACUGUGCGGCUGUGGAUCCCGAGAGUACAUGUGCAAGCUAUACUCUAUCUGCAACGGCCUCGGUAACAUCCCAUACGUCAUGGACUCCUCACGCGGAUGGAUGGAUCAAGGCAACUGAAAUUCUACGUCAAAAGGUGGCGCCUGGGCUUGGCGACAAACUUCGCCGAGCUUCCAUGGUGGAGGGGGCACCUAAGCGGCAAAAAACAGUCAUUCACAAGAGAGAAGUGGCAGCGCGAGUGGAGGCUAAGGCUGCGGUGACAGCUGAACUACUUGCUAUUCGUCGUUCAAAGCUGAAAGCGGCUACGAAUCAUUUCGCGACGGUUACGAAGGCUGCUGCUAUGGCUGCGGCUGCUCGUGCGGCAGCGGUUCAACAGUUUGAAGGCUCGUGUCCCGUCGCAAGGUCUGCGAGUCGUGGGGUGGCAGCUGACUCGCUGCCGACGUCGGUGCCUCAACCGGUAUCGGGUCAGCACAGAACUCUAAAAAGUUGUGAAGUGGCCCCUGCUGCAGUACCAGCUGCUCCUGGAGCAUCUUCUGAAGAAGCGACGUCCACGGUUGUCAAUGAAAAUGAUAGCGAUGCACGCGACAUGGCCACUGCUGAUUUACCCGCUCUUUUUGUGGUUGGCGAGCACGCUGUGUCGACGGUAUUCGAGGUACCACCUUCGACAGCGGUUGAUGGGCAAGAUCGGACGGAGGUGGACCAUUCUUCUGGUGGUCCAUCACCGUCGUCGCUUGCCGCCACUAUGGAUAUCGAUGAGCUUGAGGCAUCGGUGCCUCCCUCUACCGCCUCUUCGAAUGUCUACAGGACACAUUGUUGCACAGAUGGCCCCGACACGACUGCGAUCAAUUCUCACAUGGCCUCCCCUCUCCCUCCUGGUUUGGAAGCAGUGCUUGCAGCGCAGGACACUAAUUCAAUUUUACCCAUAGACAGUCAGGAUCGUGUCAUGGCUGGUCCGCUGCCGGCCAUUCCACGUAAUGAAUCACCUUCACCGGAUGCCGUGGAAGCGUGGAACGCGGUCGCUGCGGCUCAACGCGAGGCGGAUGAUCAUGCCGCUACGCUUGCGUCCUCUCGUAGGCACAAAGCACGGGUGAUGCCCGCAUCGAGGUUGGGCUGCCCACAACCAGUUGCAUCCGGUGUGGUCGUUGAAGUUGCUAAGUUACUGCAGCCGACAUCACCCUGCGUGCGGCUGACGAGUGAGGAGGUUUCAGAGCGCAAUCGCCAAAAAAGACAGAACGGCAUAGCUAUUGCGACGUGGAGGCGACGGACAUCAUCGACACCAGUACUACCAGCGAAUGGUGAAAAAUUUUCGAUCUGGAUUGAACAAUAUUUCUCUCAGUUGGUAUCACUGAUCACUUCGCUACCGUACCCACUCAUGGAGCUUACACAUGGGGACGAUCAGAGCUGUUUAAAUUUGGUCAAUCCAUUUGCUGCAAUUCUCAGCUUGCGCUGA